UUCAAGCAACUUAACGCCAUUCAAUUCCAAACGCGGGCGCAGUGUGCACGUCAACAUGGGUAGCUACGGUAUUUCUAAAGUGACCUUAUACGUUUUAAACACGAUCUACGCGGUAUUGGGCUUGGCCAUAGCCGCCGCGUCGAUAUGGUUCUUCUGCCAAGUCACCGAGUUCACAACACUAAGGAAUAGUAACCAUUAUCUACUGGAUUAUACCGUCUACUGGCCCCAAGCAAUACCCUGGGUAUUUUUGAUCGUUGCGUUGCUUGUUCUGGGUGUGUCAGCGUGUGGAUUUAGCAGUGCACAUAAAAACAGUCGUGGUUUGAUUACCGUGUUUGUCACUGCGCAGUCGAUAGCGAUUAUUUGUCUAAUUGCAGCAGCCGUUGUGGCCCUUGUGUUUGCCGACAAUAAAUCUACGGAUGACUUCGUAAAAGAUACGGUAUGGGAUGUGUACUUCCAGGCCAAGACUGAUAAUGAAGUGGCGACGUCUUUUGGCGUUAUCGAGAGAAAGCUUCACUGCUGUGGGGCGGACAGCCCCAGGGAUUACAAGAACUGGAAAAAUGAGUUCCCCAUGUCCUGUUGUGAUACUUAUUACCACGGAUUUCUUGAUGCAUACACAAUUGACUGUGAGUUCACGAAUAAACUAGCGAAUGAAAGACACGGAUGUUCAACGGUCGCUGCGCAGUACGCAAGAAUUGUGAUUAAAAUACUGUCUGGAGCGUCGAUUUUUACAGCUAUAAUUGGGAUGAUGAGCCUUGGAGUUGCCAUAGGCUUGUCCAAAUCAAUAGCGAAGAAACGAAGAAUACAAGCGUUGAAAAAUGAAUCAGAGAGCAAAAAGGUUCUAUUGUAAUAGAUCAAGUAUUUUCUAUGUAAGUACAAACUUGGCCAAAGAUUAUUUUUAGUUUAAAGUUAUUUACGCCUGUUUCGGGGCAUCUUUGACCCCGCGGUCAAAGUUUUAUUGUCGUGCAGUUUUAAGGGAUUUCAAAAUGUUUUAGAUUGUAAAAUGUUUUUUGAAAUCGUAGUUUGGCCAAGUUUUAGAGAAUUGUAAACAUCUUUGAGUAUGACAUCACACUUUAAACCUAUUGCUUCAAUGAUGUGAUCUUGACUUAGGGUUCUCACCUGUCCAUUUAUAUAAUUGUUUUAUUAUAUUCUGUACAUUUAGUAACAGAUUAGAUUUGGUGUGGCUCUAACUCACCCAUUUUUUUAAGCACAAUAAUUACUUUCUUGUACCUUCGCAGAUCUUUUAGCACGCUUUUUGCCGCAUCAAGUCUAUUCUCUUUUU